AUGCCCGCAGACAGGCAGUCCGUCUUAGGGGCCCCCCCGGGGGGCCCCCCGGGGGGCCCCCCAGCUCCCCCUCCACUGGGAGUUCUCCCUGCAAGCCUGACUGACGCCGCUCCGGCGAGCGCCUUCUCGGGAGUAGACAGCAACAUGAGCAGCAGCACAAGCAGCAGAACGGGGUGUCUGUACCCCUCGGGGGCGGGAGGGGGCAUCUGGGGAGCAGCUGCUAUCCCCAGUGCUCCCCUCCUGGGAACGCAGAAGACGCUGCUGCAUGCAAAGAAGGAGAGACUCUCGCAGGGCACUCAGCUGAUGGUUCCUUACUGGACGCACCGCCAAGUCAUCAUCAAUCCCCUCGUGGAGGAAGACACUUGCGUGCCCUCCUCACAGGCUUCCGACUCCAUGGGCUUCUUACCCAGUGUAAGUUUGCGUUCUCCUUCCGAGCUGGCGGCAAGGACGGCAGUUUGGGGCACUCUCCGAGUGGGCAACAUCGUGCGGGUGCAUUCGGGAGAGUGCGUUCCAGCGGAUCUGUUGAUUCUCACAUGUGGCAACGCCGAGCGGUACUGUGUGCGAGAUACAAAGACGGAUUACUCGCUGACGGCGCUCGCUGGCUUACGGGGCAGGGUGGUCUGCGAGGGUCCUGCCUACAACUCGCCUCAAUUCAAGGGCACUAUACGCUUCGACGCUCGACCCCGAGGGACGCGUAUCGUGGCAAGCAACGUUGCUCCAAGAGGGAGUAUUCUCCGGUGGACCGAGUGGAUCGACGGCGUGGUGUUGCAUGUCGGAGAAAGUGACGCCUUCCGUCAGCCCCGCAGAAGCUGCAAGAAAAGAGGCCGAGAGCUCGAGUCUGCAUGCACAGUGCUUGUGGCGAGCUUUGCCCUGGUGAUCUUCCUCCUAGGAGUGUUCAUAAGUCAGACUCUCUCUGGGAAGCCCAGGUUGCCUCUUUCUGUAUCGAGUCCAUGCCAACGUAGUAUAGACUGUCGCAGCACCCCACUGACUGUGCCUUUUCUAGGAUGCAAAUCGCAGGAUGUCAGGGUUGGACGCAUGAGAAAUUACCCUAAAGGGCUCUCCGCUUGGCAAAAAUCCGAGGCAGGAGCAGCGCCUGUGGCACUCUUCGUGCUGAAAGGGCUGGUCAAAACGAAUGCUGGCUUGAAGUUCAGGGUGUCAAGCUACACAGUCCAGCUCGCGCAGUGUCUCCUGUUAUUGUCGUGCGGUCCUGUCGCCUUGUCUUUCGCGCUCGAUCUCCUGAAGCUCCGACGCAAGGAGAACCUCAUGCGGCCUGCAGGCGCCUUAGUAGACAAGUGCAGAGAAGGGCGUGGCAAUGAACACGCGACAGCGCAUGCAAAGCCUCAGCAGGCUCACGAGGGAUGCCUCCAACAAGCCCCUCAGCGAAGCCAGCAGCGUCGCUACCCUUGGAGCAGAGAGAACUGUCCCUCCGAGCUCUACGGCCAGCUUGUGUGCCCCUCUGCCAUUGAGGACCUAUCCCGGAUAGACUUUUUAUUGUUUGACAAAGCUACAACUGUUAAUGGCCAUACACUUCGUCUCCACGGAGUGUGCGCGGGGGGAGUUACUUUUGUGCGGGAGCGCGUCGAAAGAAAAACAGGCAGCCAGUACAAGGCAUUUGAGUGCCCGUCUUCUGACCUCGACAAAACUCGUGCUGCGCGUCCUCGCUGUUUCAAUGUGUCGCCUUCUCGAAAAGCACGAAGCAACAACGCCAGUAACCCUGCGGGGCAUGCCACGACCAGCGAUAAGGAGGCUGCGACUCCCGGCAAAUCGCCAACCUCCCCCAGCAACGGGAUACCGAUGUUUGAUCAUCAUACAGAGGAUAUUGCAGCUAUCGAGCACUACUACAACACUCACAGAGACGAGCGGAGAAGGCUGGAGGUCCUUGCCCAGCUUGCUUCAAUCUGCCACUGUGCAACCCCAUCCCCAUCCAAGCGGAUCUGCGAGGGCGAACGGGAAGCCGCGAAUGAAGCUGCAUCAGCCGCAGACGUCCACAGGGCCCCUCUAGAUGUCGAUUUUCAGUCAACGCUUCCCGAAGACGAAACAACGCUAGCGCUGUGCUGUGCGCUGGGCUACAAACCGGUCCUUCGCCGAGGGACGCAGCUGCACAUUGAGCAUUCCCCUGCCAGCAUGCCAGACUGUCUCUGCUCCGCGAACAGCGACCCCGUGUGUCUGGUGGAAGUCGUGGGAACGCAUCUCCCCUCGCAGCGUCGACCGCGUCUGUCGUGCGUUGUCAAACCCAUGGGGCAUCGCUCUGGUGCCUUGCUGGUAGUUCGAGGGCCGGCAGGCGAUGUUGCGAAGCUCUGCGAGGGCAGUCGCGAUGCGUUUGUCGAAAUCAAUCGGGGAGGUGGCCCCUUUGCGGGAGCCUUCCGUUCCAGGGGAGUGCCUGCUGACAGGAACGGCAAGAGUCCGACGGCAAACGCAAAUGCCGCCCAUGUGCGCGAAGUGCUGCUCGCAGCGCAAAGAUUCUCGCUGGAGGGCUGGCGACCUCUUCUCUUUGCUGCACGGGCCCUCUCUGCCGAGGAGCUAGCGCUGUACAUUCAGCUCAGCGAGGAGGCUUCCAAUUCGAUGUACAGGCACGAAGAGCGAUACGAGCAAGUCAUCACGAGCUUCGAGACGAAUCUGCACCUCGUCGGGUGUGUAGCCGUAGCAGAGGAGCUUCAGCCGGGAGUGCGUGAGACUCUAGCCACCAUCAGGGAAGUAGGCAUUCGGCAGAUAAUGCUAGCUGGCGGAGACAAGCAUGUGGCUAUGGCAGCUGCACAGCGCUGUGGACUGUUGCCGUCGGUGGAUUGGAGUGGUGAUGCGAGCAAGACAGCGAUGCAGGAAUCCCGCCAGUUCCGUCCCUUAGGAUCUCUAAGCCAUCACCAUGGAGAUCUCACACUUGAUGAUGACGCUGCCUCGGAAAAGACCGACUCCGGGGACGAUUAUCCGUCUCAAGUCGACGAAGAGCACCCCAAUCAGCCCCCAGCCUCCAUGCAACCGUGUCGCAGAUGCUAUGAAAAGAGGACCACCAGGCAGCCGUUCGCGGAUGCUGUACACCUGCAGGGCGAAGGCUUUUCAAGUGUAUCUCAGGGAUGCGAACCAGCAGGAUCUCUGCAUGGUUUAGCGACGAACGCACCAGCCUCUCACUCUCAGUGGGCCGUAGCGGAUGCGCAACACUUGUUAAAGCGUUGCUCAGCUGAACUCACCUACCUUGCACUGAAAGACAGACGGCGACUUCGCCGGAGCACCUCUCCAGCGUUCUGGUCGUGUAAUCACGGGAUCGGCAUACCGAAACUAGGCCUACUGAAAGUAGCGCAGCGUCGGUUCCCCCUCAUUGGAGGGGAGGGUAAACGAUUAGUGGAGGUUGGAUCCUUGCGCGGCAUGCCGCGGCGUUAUUUUAAAAGGCACAAAGACUGCACUUUGCACCGCAAAAAGGCGCUCAACAAACGUGUCGGCUCAGGGCGCUCGUCUGUCCUCUGUCCAAGCGACAUAUCGCCUACGGGGGAGCACAGUGUGAGUCUCUCCGCACUGUCCGCUCGAAAAAGACUCCGAGUUGCACGUUGCUUCCUUCGCGUUUUCGAGGACAUGUGGCGCCACGCAAGGAUGAACGGCCAGGGCAUUUGCCUUCUUUCUGACGCAACGUCGCUGUCGUUCUUCCUUUCGCAUAAAUCGCUGCAGGGGCUUUUUGUGUAUGCCCUUUGUCGGGCAGACUUCAACGUGUGUGCCGAGAUUCGGGGUGACUUGAAGCAGCAGCUUGUGGCAUGCAUCAAGAAGGCUCUAAAGCCCCAACCUGUGGUUGUUGCACUUGGCAGCAGCGCCGAAGACGCCGCCAUGAUGCGCGAGGCCACAGUGGGAGUUCUGGUGCUACAGCCUCGGACAGAGAGUGCGGUCGACGUCUCUGAGGCAGUGGAAGAAACAGCUUGUGCGCAAGGGAGGUUCGAAUCGGGGGAGUGUGAGACGAGAGCGACAGCCGUCGGGCAGCUCGGCAGGCCACUCCACGAGACUGCCAGGAAGACGUACGGUAAUUUGUUACCGCUGCUACCAGAAAAUGAGCCGGCAGAAGACAGAGAAAAGCCUCUACGCUGCCCGUUGAGCACCCCCAAAAGCCCUCAGGCCUCGUAUGGUCAGGCGACAUCGCUAGAUCUUGGCGUAAGUGGACCUUCUAAACAAGAGUCUCCCUUGCCGCGUCAGCAAUCGUUGACAAUAUCGGAACCUUCGCAGGUGAUGCGUUCCGCCAGGAGAGACAAGCGACGCAGCGGCAGGCACUCGACACGUGGAUACAGCAUCUUCGCCCCUUACAUGCAGGCUGCAUGCCUGUGCAGCAAUAGCGCGGACGUGGUGCUGGCCUCAUUUGAGUCCUUGCGCCACCUGAUAUUCAAAAAGGCACUGCUUGAGCAAGCGCAGAGCGUGCUGCUUGUAGACCAGGUUGUCUACUCCACGAGCCUGCUCUGCACCUUUGUCUUCGCAAUGCUUUUAACCAGCCUGGUGGAUUACAGCGACGUCACCAACUCGGUGUACUGUAUCUGGUUUUCUCUCCUCGCCGUCAUGGCGGCCUGUUUUAUUGGACGUUCAAUGACCGUCGCCCUAGAUGACGAGGUAGGCGUGCGAUGCCUUUGGACAGCUGCCGAGGGCAUGGCCACUUCACUCGUCGUCUUCCUCCUGGGGUACUACUCCGUGGCUGGUGGACUCCGCAUGGGAGCGCUGCUGCACCUUACCGACUUUUUCCUCGUUGCACUUUGUGUCGGUAUUGUCUUCCGACCAUGGCUGAUCGCCAUCAGCACAGGGGGCCGCCUUGCCCGAAUGCGCGCGAUCAACAAGGCCUCCCAGAGCCUGCGGCAUAUCGUGUAUCACGGUGCAGCGAUCGCAGGAAGGCUGCAUGGCGAUCGGAGGAGCUGUGGGUGCUCUGCGGACGCUAUGCGCCCUCUUCUUCUUCAAACGAUCCCCUUAGACCGAGGCUUGUCUUGCCGUGGGAGGUCUAGCGAGGAAGCUCUCAAGGAGAACUGCCCCCCGGGGAACUCUUUAGCUCGGCCUGCAAUGCCAACGGGCAGCUGUACAGAGGCCGUUUCCCAACAGGUGCACACCGUGGAUCGUUUCUCAGCCUCUCUCGAUAUGAUUGCUAUCCCUUACAGCUCAGCUGAAGACAUGAAGAUGUCUAGCAUGUCCGUUUGGAUCGGCUCCUUAAGGGCAAACACGGAGACGGAACGUGGCCUCUCGGCGAGCUGCGACACCCAAGGCGGGCUAGCCAGAGCUCCCGGACGGCUUUUGCGGCUGAAGAUGCGAUUCUGUGCCAGCCUAGGGCUUUGUGUUUUGCUCCUGCCCGUUGUUGCGCUGAUAAUCGUCCCCUGGCUCAUAUUGUUUCUGGAGAGCAUGCUGUCUAAGGGGGGCACCAGCGUUGUGUCGUACCUUCGACUCAUGCCAUACAGCUUCCUAGCAUGGUGGCUAGUGCUCAUUCCCUGCAUCAUUGCCACCCUACUUCUGGCAGGCAUCUUCCGGCAGUUCAGUACGCUGCUGGGCCCCGAGACGGUACUAAAGGCCACUGAUGAUGCAUGCUUUGAGGCACAUGCUGCUGCAGCCUUGGAGGGCGAAGCAGAUGACCGCAUGCAGGGAUUAUUAUCAGCACAGAAUCAGCCGCCGCACAGGCCUUUCACCUCUGUGGAUUCCAGCAAACGGAAGGCAGCAGCGGUGCCGCAGCAUGUCUGUGAAUUCUGCUGCAACAUUGACGCUUUUGACGUGUCAACCCUGAGGCAGAUAGAAGUCAACAGGGGAUCGCCUGAAGCACACGCCUCAGAAAGCCCAGUACUCACUUCCCCACCCUGGGAAAGCGCAUGGCAGACAGCGGCCUCGGGAACGAAUCUUUUGUCAGUUAUUGGGAUGACAACAGAAAUCGGCGAAGACGAGCAUUCACGGCGAGUUCUCUCCGAAACGACUAGUUUGGAAGUUGAAGGCAACAUGGUUGUGGAUGAUGAAUGGUCGUGUGACAGUUCCUUCGACGCUGAUAGCGAACUUGAACCUGCUGCCUCACUUGCGCCUCCUGCGGUGGGAGAUAAAGCGGCCACAGAGCAACGGGCAAAUGAAGCGUUCAAGGGCAUUACGCUGACGUUUCGAGACCCCUACUUGGAGGCAGACUACCAGCUCAUCGUCAGCGCCUCUGCUGUAACCUACAUCAUCCUGCAAAAUGUGAUUGAUUACAAGCUGUCCGCAGAUGGAAUAGAUUGCAGCUUGGCUCUAAUCCUCGUGUUUGCCGUGAUGCUGAGGCUUCCGUUCAAGUUGGCCACGGCAGUAAACUUGCUCUACGUUUUUACAAGCGUAUUGCGUUACCUUCUUUCGUUUUGGAACCAGUCAUAUUUCUGCCGUCUCGCGUGUGCAAUUUCGCCUCCUCGUCUUCUUUUCCCCGUCACCAGUUCGCGCUGUGAGGAGGGCUUUUCUCUCGAUCGGCUGGGCCGCUGCAUCCCAGCAGACUCAGAACUGCAUCAACUGAUGGCUCCACUCAAGACACGGCAGGAAUUGCUGGCUGUUGCAGCGUCGUACGACACAGGCUUGACCCCGGAGGAAAUUCUGAGUAGUCGGGAGCCUCGGUGUCUGUGCACUUGGCAGCUUUUGGCCUACAUCCCUUGGGUCCUAGGGCUUGUGGCACUCAUGGCAUUUGGCGGCUAUCGACAAGAAUACAACCAGCGGAAGCGCUUUCUUCUAGACACUCAGCGUGCUGAAGCAAACUCUAAGCGAGUAGAUAACCAUGUUCUUUGCAUCCAUUCUCUCCCCUCCCCUGCAAGUAGUGGAGGCGUGAAUGCAAGCCGAUUGCAUGAUGUAUUACUGAGGGUCUGCUCAGGUUCAAGCAGCGCGCAUGCGCAGCAGGGAGAUCCUAAAUACGAUGCUACCGUCCUUCGUUGUGGCCAAAAUGCUCUCUGCGGCGCACAGAGACCACAGGCAAGUACAUUGUUUUGUUCCCUCGUAUUCGUGAGCUCUGAAGAGGCCUCUGGUGAUGCUGAAACGUAUGCUUUCGUACACAUGUGGCUCGUUCAGCGCUCCUAG